AUUCUUAAACCCCUACCAAAACCCUUCCAAGUUACGUUUCUCUAUCAACUCUCAAACCGCCGCCCAUCCCCCAUCCCCCUUCCCGAGUUCCGCGUCUCCGCCGCUUACUCUGGUACAGCCGCGCGCCUCCCGCCGAUCAUCCUUUUUAUUUUCACGCUUUCAACGUUGUCGCUGUGUCCCUGGUUCUGGUUGCUUCUUUGCUCUCCUCCACCGCUCCUCUGGUCCUUGUUGCUGCGUCCGCUGGUCCACUCCUUCUGCCGUUCGUUGCUGCUCCUCGCCACUGGUUCUUGUCGUCAGUCACGCUGCUACUGCUCCUCGCCACUCUAGUCUACGUCCUCAGUCACUGCAGGUUUGAGGUUGGUGUUUAAUUAAUAAAAUGAUGGAGGAGACUAAGAAUUCAGACCUUGAUCAAAGCAUGAAGAAGGAGGCUCCUCAAUUAGCUGCGCUGCUGAAAGAAAUGAAGAGUGUGUUGGAUACGGUGAGGAGUAAGGUGCAGGCUUUAACUGCUAGGGUGAAGGCAAAUGACUUUCCAACAGCUGACGGGAUAAGCUAUCUUGAGGCUAAACAUUUGCUGCUCCUAAAUUAUUGCCAGUCGCUUGUAUAUUAUACGCUUCGCAAGGCCAAAGGCUUGUCAAUUGAGAAACAUCCUGUCGUUCGGAGCCUUAUAGAGAUUCGGUUGUUUCUAGAGAAGAUCCGGCCAAUCGACAAAAAAAUGGAAUACCAAAUUCAAAAGCUCACCAGGGAUAGUGGGCGUGCAGUGGAGCAACUAAAUCUGAAGGAAAAUGAAUCAGAGGCAACUGAAAAAUCAGAGGAUUUGUUGAGAUAUCAUCCAAAACCCGAAAUGUUAGUCAGCAGAUAUGAUAUGAUGGCUGAGGAUGGUAGUGGUGCAUAUCGACCACCCAAAAUUGCUCCCACAAUCAUGGAAGAAGAUAAGAUGUCAAAGCAGGAAAGAAAUGCCUUGAGAAGGGAGAAAGAGACUCAACGACGAGCUAAGGAGGGUUACAUGAAAGACUUGGUAGAUGACAUGGAGGGAAGACCUGAAGAGGUUAGAGAAAAUGUUGGAAACGAGAGUAGGGAAUUUAUUAGGUAUCAGCAGCAAUGGGAAGAGCGUGCUCGACGAGAAGAGGAGCUCUUUGUACGUGCUCCUAUUACAAAGAUGGAGAAGAAGAAGGAGAAACAUUUAAAGAAAUCAAGAGACGGAUUACUUGCUUUGACUGAUGGUUUCUUUGAUGAAAUCAAAACCUUACCCUUGGAAGGUGAUACUGUUGAUCAAACAAAAAGCUUCAAUAAUGAUAGUGGUGCAAUUGGAAAACUGAAAAAACGGAAGAGGCGAUAUUGAGGACAACAAUUGAAAUCCGUUAAAUAUGCUAGUGUAUGGAACCAGAAGUUGUAUUUCAGUUGUCUGUUCAAGCUGUGUGAUUCAAGGUUAAAAGGAGACGAGUCCUUAAUGGGUGCUGGUUUCGGUCCUCCUCAUAUCAAUAUUUUGCCCAUCAUAUAUGAAGUAUUCUCUGGAGUUCUGCGGGAUGCAAAAAUGCGUUAUCUUUAAAUUGAAUUUAUUCAAAUAUGUUUAUAAAUACUGGCUAUAUAACUAUAUUUUUUGAGAGUUGAUGACUAAAUGAAUGCAGAGUUGAUUAAAUUCUAAAUAUCUAUUGAUUCUUUCAUUUGUGUGAA